CAAUUAUGCUGUACUUCUUGAGGAACUGACAGUUUGUUGAAAAUAUUAAAACGUUUAUAUUGCCACUUUUUCCUUCAAUUCAAAUUCACAAGUUGAGUAACUAAAAACCGAUUUUUCUAUCCUUGUCAUUACUUCUCUAACACAGUAGAAUACGCAAACUUAAUGGUUGCUAUAGAAGGAACUUUACUGGAGUACUUACCAAAGCAGUUUUGUUUUGAGUUUGGAAAUUUGCAAUCGCAAAAUGUAUUAAUCUUUGUUGCCGGUCUCGGUGACAGACUUGCGACUGUUCCAUACUUACAAGCACUUUCUGCGGCCCUAAACAAGAUAGGAUGGUCGUUGAUCCAAAUAGAGUUCACAAGUUCAAGCAUUGGAUGGGGUACCGGUAGCUUGGAACGAGACAACUCUGAGAUUUCCAGUCUAGUCAAAUUUCUCAAGUCUGAAGAGGGUGGCUCUAGAAAGAAGUUAGGUAUCAUGGGCCACUCAACGGGUUGUCAGAACACCAUUUACUACUUUACUAGAGCAAAGAGGGAUCAAGAUUACAUAGAGCUAGAUUUUGGUAUUCUACAAGCAGGGAUAUCCGACAGAGAGGCAGCGUAUUUGCUAAUGUCGAUUGAUUUGAUUGAGGAAGCCAAUGCAUUGGCCAAGAAGUACAUUGAUGAGGGACACCCUAAAGAAUUGAUGCCACACAAAUACACGGUAAAUUUCUUUGACACUCCAAUCAAUGCCUACAGAUGGUACUCUUUGUACUCUAAAAAUGGAGAUGAUGAUUAUUUCUCUUCGUAUUUGACUGACGACGAUUUAAGAUCGACAUAUGGCAAAUUUGAUAAACCUUUAUUGGUUUUGUAUAGUGCUUCUGAUGAGUAUGUGCCAGAGUUUGUCGAUAAGGAGCUGAUUAUGAAGAGAUUUCAAGCUGCCACUACUCCAGGAAUGUGGUCACCAUACAGCAGAUUGGUGGACGGCGGUCUCCACGCCCUUGGUAAAGGCUCUAAGCCUACGGCUAUAAAUGAGGCAGUAUCCACUACUAUCAAAUUCAUAGAAAGCUUAUAAGUUUGUGUAAAAAGUAGCAUUGAAAGUCGUGUAUACACUACAGAGUAUUUUGCUCGAUGUAAGUAUUUGCCCC